CUGCCAACCCUGAUCCCGUGGUUCACUCCACCGACACUCACUGCCCUCUGCUGCUACUUGCAUCACAUUCCGUCUCUGCAGCUGCCUACAUCGACGCAAAACACUGACGUCGACGCCGAUACCGAUCCUGACAGAAGUCGUCCGUCGUCCCGGCACGUCCAGCGCUGCCGUCCAUCUAAUAGACCAUCCGACGCCGCCGCCAUGGCAGCUCGAGGACCCCCUGGCGCGCGCGGCAUGGGAAACCGCUUUGCCCAGUUCAAGCUGGUGUUGUUAGGUGAAUCCGCCGUGGGAAAGAGCUCGAUAGUACUGCGGUUUGUCAAGGACCAAUUCGACUCGUAUAGGGAAUCCACCAUCGGCGCCGCCUUCCUGACACAGACCAUCUCGCUCGACGAAACCACGACAGUCAAGUUUGAGAUCUGGGAUACGGCCGGUCAGGAGCGGUACAAGUCGCUGGCGCCCAUGUACUACAGAAACGCCAACUGCGCGGUUGUGGUUUACGACAUUACGCAGGCCUCGUCGCUGGACAAGGCCAAGGCGUGGGUCAAGGAGCUGCAGCGCCAGGCCAACGAGAACAUCAUCAUCGCCCUCGCGGGCAACAAGCUGGAUUUGGUGACGGACGAGCCCGACAAGCGGGCCAUCACCGCCGAGGAGGCCGAGAGCUACGCCAACGAGGCCGGCCUGCUCUUCUUCGAGACGUCGGCCAAGACGGCCGAGAACGUCGCCGAGCUGUUUACCGCCAUCGCCAAGCGCCUGCCGCUCGACCAGAGCCCGCGGCUCGGCGGCCGGGGCGAGCGUGUCACCCUCGCUCCCGAGAGCGCCAACACGGAGGCGGGAGGACCGUGUGCCUGCUAAUCUGCUGCCGGGGACGGUGUGCUAGGGGGUGCUAGUGGCGGGUAUGCUGGUGCUGGGUGUGCUGGUGCUGGGUGUGCUGGUGCUGGGUGUGCUGGUCUGGGUGUGCUGGUGCUGGGUGUGCUGGUGCUGGGAUCGCGCGGCAUGCAUGUGAGUGAAGGCACGUGUCACUCGGAUUGGUAGAGGCGGGAGCCGGUCCACGACAGACGCGGACGGCCCGCUGGCAGCGUCGAUACACAUCUGGGCAGUGCGAUCUCGGAGUCACGGUGUACGAGGGCUGCGAGAAGCAGUGCCGUUUAAUACCUUUUCUUGAUGUUCUAGCCUGGUCGGGCGAGCGGGCUGGCCGCUUGCGUAUUUGCUGGCAAUCACGUUGUUGUACAGUAUGUGAUGGAGCAACAGCUUGAGGUCUGAUAAUUCUAAUCGAGCAUGCUCUUUAGCGGCGUAUCCGUUUACGAGUUUGCCGUUGUCUCCUGCAG